AAUUUGUCGUCAGUGGGAUGUGGGCGAAAAAAAGGUUUUGACAGUUCGUUUGGUAGCUAACUAGCCACCACAGAGUUCGCUUCCUGCAAAUAGUUGUGUUGUUCCAGUGAUCGUCUUCCAGGCAUUCUUUCGAUUUCAGUGCCAUUAUGACAUCAAUAGAUGAAAACAGUAAAGAAAAGUUGCGCUCUGUGUCUGUGGACCUAAACCACGAUGCCUCUCUUCUUAUUGACAUUCCCGAUGCACUCUGUGAAAGAGACAAAGUCAAGUUUACAGUUCAUACAAAGACCACACUGAGCUCUUUCCAGAAGCCGGAUUUCUCUGUUCCCAGGCAGCAUGAAGAUUUCAUCUGGUUACAUGACACUCUGGUGGAGACGGAGGAUUAUGCUGGCCUAAUAAUUCCGCCAGCACCCCCGAAGCCUGACUUUGACAGCCCAAGAGAGAAGAUGCACAAACUGGGAGAAGGUGAAGCCACUAUGACCAAAGAGGAGUACACUAAAAUGAAACAGGAGCUGGAGGCUGAAUACCUGGCUGUGUUUAAGAAAACUGUCCAAGUGCAUGAAAUCUUCCUGCAGAGACUGUCUUCUCACCCUGUUUUAAGCAAAGACAGAAACUUCCAGAUUUUCUUGGAGUAUGACCAGGAUCUCAGUGUGAGGCGAAAGAAUGCAAAAGAAAUGUUUGGAGGAUUCUUUAAAAACAUGGUAAAGUCAGCUGAUGAAGUCCUUAUCUCAGGAGUAAAGGAAGUCGAUGAUUUUUUUGAGCAGGAAAAAACCUUCUUGCUUGACUACUACAGCAAGAUCAAAGAUUCCACUGCCAAAGCAGAGAAAAUGACCCGUGCACACAAAAAUAUUGCAGAUGAUUAUAUUCACAUUUCUGCCACUCUGAACAGUCUCGCAGCUGAUGAUAUGACAGCAAAUAAGAAAAAUCUUGAGAAGCUGUCAGACUUGUUUGAGAAGUUUAGAAAAGUGGAGGGAAGAGUGGCGUCUGACCAGGAUCUAAAACUCACAGAGCUGCUGAGAUACUACAUGAGAGACAUCCAAGCUGCUAAAGACCUUCUGUACAGACGAGCCCGGGCAUUGGCUGACUACGAGAACUCUAACAAGGCUUUGGAUAAGGCCCGACUGAAGAGCAAGGAUAUUCCCCAGGCGGAGGAACACCAGCGGCAGUGCCUGCAGAAAUUUGACAAGCUCUCAGAAUCUGGGAAGAAAGAACUCACCAGUUUCAAGGGCAGACGAGUCGUGGCCUUCAGAAAGAACUUCAUAGAGAUGGCUGAGCUUGAGAUAAAGCACGCCAAGAACAGCGUGACUCUAUUGCAGGGUUGCAUCGAGCUGCUAAAGAGCAACUGAUGCACUGAUGUAUUCCUGUGCUGCCAUCACAAAGUGACCAGUCAAAGAACGGAAACUUGGCGUCCCCGGGGGAGGGAGCCUUGCACGGACAUGAAUCUCAGCUCUGUGCCCGCUCUCGCCUGGGUCUGAUGCCACUUUUAAACCCUGCACAAGAUUAAGUGUCUUGUAUGCACAGUGUCUUCAUGUUUACAGAGUCCCUGUCCUCUGGUCUGUGGUCCAUCCUUUUCCAUUAAUUUAAGGAAGUCUAGCUCAAUGUGAAUGGCUCCAGAAGAGAAUGUGGCGGCCCAACAUCAAGGUCUUCCAUAUUUUUUUUGCAGCAUCAAAUCAUUUUUGGGUUUUUUGUUUGUUUUGUUUUUUUUACUUUAAACACAUUAUAUUUCUUGCCUUUCGAUUAUGUUUCUGCCUUCAUUUCCUCCACUCUAACCUCUUUCUUUAUAUAUACUUUUACACAACUUUAAAAUACUUAAAGAAUCAUUUCCUCAUAAUUGUAACACAACCAGAUUUUUCUUGAUUUAUGUGUUUUAUCUUUUGGGGCUUUUAUUUUUUGUUAAUUAAACAGUUUUACAGAAACAAAACCGAUGCCUGGAAAAAAAACAACCUCAUGCUCUGCAUUCCUGGGCUCUGAGCUUAGUGAGCCCAGGAACAGCCAAACCAACCCUCUAGUAAGAAAACUCAUGACUCACAUAGAAGAUAAGACAGAAAAUCGUAGUGUGCAAAAAUAGCUGAACUUCUCCUCAGGAAUUGGAUUGGUUUCCCACAUUCUGGUUUGUAAGACGUGGCCUGAAAUCUCACAGUCAUCAAAGAUGUGGGAUGGAGUCAAAUAGUAGGCUGUUCGAGCAUAGAGCAUAGAAAAGUAUACAUUUAUAGUUUUGGUUUCAUUUGAAGACACUCAUUGUCGCUGCACAUGCCUGUUUACUCCCGCUGUGUCCAUUGCUUAUUCCUUUUCAGUUUGCGGUUACUUUUUCUGCUUUAUUACUGAUGGAGUCUCACGGAGACCUCCUAUAUUUUCCUGAUCCCCUCAACAGUUUGUUUGGAAAAAAAUAAAAUGGAAUAAAAAAUAAAAGAUGCACUAAGCUGAGAACUACUUUACAAUCAUGACCAGGCUUGGUGAAGUGUUAAAAAUGCAUUAUAGUUUUUUAAGAAAUUGAAUGUAUUUCUAAUGGAUUCCAGCUGUGUGAAUUCCUUCAUAUGAUGUUUUUUCAUACAGAACAUUAGCAUUUUAUAAAAUUUUUAUUAAUGCUGUUUAAUAAACCUUACUUUCCCAAA